AUGUCUUUGCAAAAAUCGUAUGGUUUUUUAAACGAAAGAAUCCAAUGGGCCAAAUUACGAUCUUAUGCGCCCCGUCCUUUAUUAAAAUCUGAAAUUUUUCAAUAUUUAAAUGAUGAAUGGGCGACAACUUUAUAUUGUUUACUUGAAUUAAAACAAAUACAAAAGAAAAAUAAAUAUUUACAAUUGUGUCAUCAAAUUCAAUUUACAAUAUCUUCAAAAAAUGAUUUAUCAAUAUUUCCUGAAUUUCAUAAACCUUAUGAAGAAUUAAGAGAAAUUCUUGAUACAUGUAUUAAAGAUAAUACUAAUGAAAAUCAAUGGCAACUUUUAUUAGAUUGGAUUGAAUUAAAACUUAAUUCUAAUUUAAUUGAAUUACAAUUAAAAGAAAUUAAAGUUAUGUUAUUAUUAAAUAUUUACUAUGAAUAUUAUUGUAAUAAUCAACUUUCAUCUAUUAAUACAUUAUU